ACCCCACGUUUUCCGUCUUGUCCCAUCGGCGCGUAAUUUGGCUUGGGUAUUAUCAAGGCUGGUUCAUUGGAUUUUCGGCUCUUGGUUGGCCAAAGCACCAUUCGAUCGUCUCUCCGCGCAUCCAAGACAACCCAUUGGCCAGCCAAUGUUACCAGCCACCGUUCUAUUCUUCGUUUGGGUGUAUCUGUAGUAUCUGGGAAACAUUGCUAUUUGCCUCAUUGCUGAAGUCUAUCUGUUCACUCGAAACCACCAUCGCAGCCAUCCGCGCACCUCCUCUGUUCCAACCACCAUGCUAUCCAUGACAUCCGACUUUUCGCACGAUUUACAUUCCUCCGCCUUCCAAGCUGUGACCACGGAUGGUAGCACCACGAAGGCAGCUUCGACCACGAUAGUACCACAAGCCACCGAUAGUCCCACGCGGCUCGAUCAGGAGCUAGCCCUCACCACAGCACGAUUGAUGUUCUCGACUCGAGACGAGUUGGCUCCACCACCACCAUCGUUGAAUGACAUGACGACGAGGAGACUAUCGUUGGACUCGGCUCGUGACCACAUGCUCCUUUUGCCGCAUCAUCAGGAAUCGUCCCUCCGAAGAACCUGGACCAUACCCGCAGACGUUCCCAGCGAACAGAGUCUUCGAGAACGACGUUCCUUGUGCGAAUCUCUCGUCCAAAGACUCUACGAGGACCGCAAAGAGCGCAUUUUGGAAAUCUUUCAGCACACAUGGCUUCUGACGGAUACGUUGGAGGAUGACGGUGACGACGACGACGACGACAAUUCACGAGAGGACCCGAGUUAGGGCGGGCAUGACAGGGCGUUAGGGGGCGUGAGAAGGUCGAUCUCUCAGCCAGAUAUAUACAUACAAAAAGACUUGCUUUGGGAUUUGGAAGAAUUCCCGACGAGCACAGCAUCGCACACAGAGCGGGCUCAAAGUAGCGGAAAACGGGGUACUGGUGACUGGAUUGUUAGGUUUCGGGAGCUGUUCAAAGUACCGGGUCAGUGCAUAGUACAUAGUUUUACUGGAUUGAGGGAUAAUGUAAUAGAGGCAAGAUCCCUCUCUUAGACUACUAGCUAGCUGGCCACCGGCACCAUAUUUUGGCU